AUGGGAUAUAAGAUAUAUUCUAACUCUGACUUAGUUCAAACAGUAACAUGGGCAAACUAUGAAUGGUUCGCUUUGAGAAACUCAGUACAACCACAAGCUAGAGAACAAACAGACCAGUAUGCAACUAUUGAGAAAAUAAGAAGACUUGACCCUAACGUUCCAGGAGUUUAUGUUAACCUUUCUGGACAAACUGCAGCAGCAGUAACCAAAGUAAAAUUGAAACUUAGAGUUCCUUUGUCAUCUUUCCUCAUCUUCAGGUUUUUAAGAUACUUGCCAAACUGGGCAGGAAAAAUUUCUAUCGAACUUACUCCAAGCAAAAAUAACUUAGUCAUUGCACCAACACAAGACCCAUUCACUCUUACAGACGUAAAGGGAGCAAAUCAAACGUCAUUCGCCGACUUUUGCAAAGACAAAGUUGACUUAGACUUUGGUUUCUCAAACCUCAACACUGAAGUAAACUAUUAUUUCAAUGCUGCUGGAACUGCUUGGGACCCAGUUAAGUUCACAUGCGAAAAAUUUGAAUGCAAGAGAAUAGAAAGCAGACUUGCAGUCUAUAUGUUGGACCCAGAUAUUUCAAAUGCUUUAGCUGCCAAAUAUAUUGCAGUUCCACUUAUGUUCCCUAUACACCAAAUAUCUGUCAAAGACUUUGCAGGUGAAGUUGGAAACCAAAGUGCUGACCCAGGUGCAAGAACAGAUAUUGCCUUAACAACUGCAAUGAAACAUGCAGAUACUAUGUUUGUACUGUUCAGACGAACUAUAAAUGACUAUUCUUGUUUCUACAACCCUGGUAUUAAAUAUCAUAUAAACAUAGAUGGCAAAUACUAUCCAAGAGA